CAAAAUGGCGGCUGCAUCACCAAGUCUGGGGGAGCAAAUCCGUGAAGAACUGUCCUGUAGUGUCUGCCUGGAGCUGUUCACCAGGCCCAAGGUGCUGCCCUGUGGACACACUUUCUGCCAGGACUGUCUACAAAAGCUUUCAGGAAAGGAAGGGACCUUCCAGUGUCCAACCUGUCGUCUGCAAGUCAAGUUGCCAUCCAAAGGGGUUGCAGGUUUGGCAGACAGUUGCAUUGUGGCCAACAUGUGCGAGAGACUGCAAAACCAGGCAAGGCUGACCGAAGGAGUGAGGGAGCAACCCCAGUCUAGAAACAGGUGCAGCUUGCAUCCCUUUGAAGAUAUCAAAGUGUACUGUAAAGAGUGUCAGAUACCAGUUUGUGAACAGUGUUUAGAAGAGGCUCAUGAUGAUCAUCGUACAACAACCAUCAAAAAAGCUGCACAGGAGAGGAGAUCUACAGUCCAGGCCUUGAUCAAUGAGGGAAGGAAAAUUCUGGAAAAUUACUGCAGAUUCCUUACAGAUCUAAGAGAGAAAGAGAAAGCACUGAAUGAACAGAAACAGCAGACAGACAACAACAUCAUUCAGACAUACAACACAUUUCUGUCUGAAGUGGAACAAAACCACACAAAAAACUUAGACAGAAUACAGAAGGACAGGACCAGAGUGUUGGCAGAUGUCAAUGAACUGUCUGCUGCCUGUGAUCGAGCAGAACAAGACAUGGAGCAGGGAAAAGUCGGGUUUCUUAGUCAGGAACUCAUUCUUGAAACAGUUGUAGAAAAGUACAGAGAUAACCCAGAACCAACUCCUUUCCAAACUCAGCCUGCUGUCUUUCAGCCCACAGACACCCUAGUGUCACUCCUGGGACAUGUGACGGUCCAGUCUUUUCCAUCUGCACCAAUCCCAGCAGCAUCUAGUAAUGGUGCAGCAGAGGGUACAGGUCAUCACCAUGGUAACUCAGGGCAGGGAGAAAAUCAGUAUCAGAGGGUGACAUUUGGUGGAAGAGGAGAUGGAACAGAGAUGUUUGACAAUCCAAGUGGCGUUACCGUGUCAAAGGAAGGAGAGAUUUUUGUAGCAGACAGUGGGAACCAGAGAAUCAAAGUCUUAAAUCUGCAAAGAGCAUGUUACGGUCAGUCUCCCAAAUUUGAGUCAAAUGGACAGUACAUUAACCCAGAUAAUUUGGCCAUGAAUGGGAAGGAGAACCUGUGGGUAGUGGGGAGGACGAAAUAUGAUGCAUCUUUUACUGGACAUUUGAAUGCAAAAUGGUCUUACAACAUGGUUUGGCUGUCUUACAACAUGUUUGAACUACAAAAGACAGGGUGGAUCAGAGGCGUUGCCAUGGACAUCAAGAGAAACCACGUCCUCAUCACACAAACCACAGGAGACUGGCCCAAACGGAAUGGGGAAGUGCAGGUGUUCCAGCUAAAUGGAAAACUAGUGAUGGUUGUAGGUCAGCAGCAGGGGAUGAAGUACCCACAGUACAUCACUGUGGAUGGAGAAGGGAACAUUCUUGUGUCAGACUAUGACAAUCACUGCAUCUAUGUGUACAACCAGGACGGAGAGUUUCUGUUCAAGUUUGGAGGUGAGGGAAGUGGUGAAGGUCAGCUGAAGCAUCCCCGUGGCAUCUGUACAGACAAGGCAGGGAACAUCAUUGUGGCAGACAGGGGAAACAGUCGUGUGGAGAUGUUUGACAAGACAGGAAAAUUCCUCAAACACAUCACUAUGGACGUCGAGGAACCAAAAGCUGUUGCGGUGGCAGCACAGGGACAGGUUGUGGUGACUGAUGACUCAAACCACACAGUCUCCAUUUUCACUCCUAAAACUGUGUCAGCUCCUGUAGUGACCAGCGGCGAUUUCCUAGGCUAAACCUGAGCAACAUAUGACUGUUGAAUCUUUUCUUUUAAAGUUCCAAUGAAUGCACAAUGUCUUGUGACUAAACGUUAUGGUUAUGGUCAUUAUAAUACAGGUACCUGAAGGAUUUAUGAAUGAAUGCAAAAAAAGGAAUGUCUAACUAGUUUUCAACAAAAUUACUUGCACAAAAAGUUGACAGAGAAAGAAGACCAAAUUGUACAAUUACUCUGACUCUGAGCCUUAAAACUAGCAACCUGAAGACUGAAACUAUAUUUUUCAACUUUAUGUAGGACAGCACGUAAGAAAGUGACAUUAGAAAUUCCACCAAAGGCUGUUCUAGUACGCAUAGAGUAGAUUAAUUUUCUAUAAUUGCAGUCAUA